GUUCUUGACGUUGACGCAUCCUUGCAUCAACCAUCAAUGCUUACACUUACUUGAGCUUCUAGGUUGAGCCAUGACUCCGAUUUCUGGAGUUCGUCAGCGUGUUUCAAAUAGGUCCAACUGAAGUGCAGCACUGCGCACACGCAGGGAUUUCGUUUUUGUUGAGAAUCAGCAGUGUCGUCGGUUUGGAUCUUGGCCGAAACCGGAAGCCAGGGUGUGGUCGUACCUCGCGCUUCUUCUCGGUUCUUAUCGGUUCUUCUCGGUUCUUCUCGUUUCCUUUCGUAUCUUCUGCGGCCAUGGCUGAUGACGAGACUUCCGUCUUCGAAGCGAUCAGGAGCUUAGGCCCGUUGGACGAGGCGGAACACGCGAUCACCUCGCUUCAAACUGCCGAGUCAUCUCCCGACGAGUUUAGCAUCGAAGAAAUUGACGGCUUACCUUGGCUUCCGCCACUCGAACCAGUGGCUGCUCCUCGCUCUUCCGAGCCGUCAGUCAAAAGUAGCAGAGACGACCAGCUGACGGAAUCCCACUCAGACAGUCCUGGAGUUAUCGAGACUCAGGCGAUCGUGGAUCCUGUUGCACGCUCCGCGCUGUGCGACGUGCCAGGCUCGGUCUCAAGCAGUCACGAUGCGUCGCCGCUGUCGUCCGUUCCAGUGGCUGGGGUCAUUGAUGUGCCACGUGGCGCCAGGGUCGGUAAGGAGCCGUCCGGCGCGUCCGGAUUCCGCCGAGGCUUUUUCCUUUCAGGCUUGGAACCGAGUCUCACAGGAUCGAUGCCUGGUCAGGGGUUGGAGGAAGCUCAAGGGAAUGUCAGGAGAGGGGAGGAGGAGGAGGAGGAGGAAGACUGGAGGGAGUGGAUUAGCCUUUCCAAUGAUUCGGAUUCCGAGCUGCAAUACUCCAAAUAUCAAGAUCAAGGUCAACAAGAUCACCACCCAUUCCCUGAGCUUGGGAUUCAGGAGGCUUCAGAACUGACGGACACAAGUGCUUGCAGCGGAUUGACCUUCAGUACAACGUUCGAGACCGAGGGUGACCCUAACGAGGGUGAUAGAGAGGAGGCAAAGGCGGCUUGCUUUCCGGUUGGGAUGGAAGGCAGCGGUAUCUGGUCGAAUCCCCUGCCAGUGGACGGCCGUGCAUGGGAGGCUCGGGUUGGACUAAAUUGGGGGAAUCCAGUUGAUACUGGGGAUCUGCAGAGCGAACCGUGUGGUCCAAGCGGGGGUGAUGAUAAUAUCGAGGGAGAUCCUUGGGUGUUUGACAAUGGCGGAGGCGUGGGGUAUGAUGACGAGGUGGUGGGGAGGUGGGUGGAUGAGAUGGAGCAGGGCGAGGGGGAGACGGAAGAGGGGGCCGACAGGCAGACACGCCAGGGAGGCAUGGGAUAUGACAGCACAUGGCCCCAGGGAGGGUUGAGUGCCGUUCCGGGAGCUGCUUUUGGGCUCCAACCUGCUGGGCCUGCUGGUUCUGCUGGUUCUGCUGGUGGGGAUGCUUCUGCUGCGGGCGAUGCAGCAUCUGCAGCCGUAGGCAGCAACUCUGGUGGGACAUCCAGCAGUGGAGCGGCUGGCGCGGUUGGUGCUGCUGCUGCUACUGGUGCUGCUGCUGCUGGCACUGCGUGCUGGAGUGCAGCAGAGGUGAAGCAGUUCCUCUCCGUGUUGGAGCAGCAGAGCCAGCGGGUGCUGCAGGCGCAGAGGAGCAAGCAGAGCGCUGACAAGUGUAGAGAGCAGCCUCGGCAGGUGUUGCAGGGGGAAGGCGUGGGGAGGUGGAUGGGGAUGGGUGAGGGCGAGAGUGUAGAGGAGACGGAUGUGGUUGAUGAGCUGGCAGUGGGUCAUGCUGAGCUGGCGGGUCAGUUGGAUGAGGUGGCGGAUGCGGAUGAGCUUGUGAAGCAGAUGGUAGAAAUGGCCACAAGGCAAUUGGAAGGAAAUCCAGCUGCAAGCGCUAGCGCUGCUGCUGCUUCUGCUGCUGCUGCUUCUCAUGCUCUUGCUGAUGCUGCUGGUGGUAUGGCCGCUGCCUCCAUUGCUGCAGCUACUCCAGCUGCCAACGCUCUUGCUGGGGAGCGUAUCACUGCUGCUGUCUCCACCAGCAGUCCUUUUCACCCAAAAGAGUGUGACCAGAGCGGGGCCUUGAAAGAGGACCCAGGGAGGGAACCUUCGGGAGGUUCAGGAGGAAGAGACCUUCCUUUGGGGGAUGAAGGCGAGACGUUCUUUGAUGAGGUGAGUGAGCUGGAGCGAGAGCUGGUGGCGCGAUGGGCUAAAGGAGGUGACGCUCCGUCGCCAGACGAAGGUGCUCAGUGCUCCCAAGCGGGUGAGGUGACAGGUGGUGAGAGGCCAGCAUCAAGGGGCGUUGCAGAUACCGCAAGCAGGGGCGGGGAGGGGGAGGAAAGGACGUUCUUUGAUGAGUUGAAGGAGUUGGAGGGGCUGGAGGGGCUAGAUGUGGUGGCGUUGGAGAAGGAGGGGUCAGUGGUGAAUGAACAUGAGGUAUCAGAGCCAUGCAGAACCGCCAGUACUGUCACUAGGAGCAGCAGCAGCAGUCACGUCAGCAGCACCGAAAGAAGCACCAGUAUGAAGAGCGAGAAUGGCGGAUCCGCCUUCUCAUUUGAAGGCGCGUGCUCGUAUGCCGCUGGACCUGAUAGCAGUGAGGGCCUUCCCCCAUCACAGGGGAGCCGUGGUGUAGUGGGGGCACAGGGAGUAGAGCAGAGGAGGGUGCAUCCAGGGGAGGUGCAUCCGGGGAAGACACACCUGGGCUCAGGCCCAGGGUCACGGAGUGGUGCAAAGGGGAGCCGGAGAGGCGCGGGUUUUAGACGCGGGUUCUUGCUGGGGGGUGAUGGGAGCGGUGGGAAAGAGGGGCGGGAAGGCAAGGAGAUGCAGCGGAGGAAGGUGGAGGAGGGGCGGGCGGGUAGGAAGGGAGAGGAGAAGGCUAAUAGUGCUUUGGAUGGCAGUGUACAGGAGAAAAGGAAAGAUGGGGAGUGGAAGGUAGGGGAUAGUGAUGGUUCUAGGCCUGCCAGUGGGGGCAGUCCUGGUGGUGUUGACAGCAACGGUGCUGGUGUUGAUGUUGGCGGUGCUGGUGGUGCUGGUGCUGGUGGUGCUGGUGCUGGGGCUGCUGGUGGUGCUGGUGCUGGUUGUGCUGAGUCUGCUGGAACCAGGGGUGCGCCACAAGGGUCAAAUGGCAUGACCGUGUUGACUGCUACUGACGAGGCACAAGGGCCGGAUAGCAGAGCUGUGGUUUCACCUCCAACGGAUGUGGUGCAAGCAGCGUUCACUCGCCUGCACCCGCUCUGCAUGGCAGUGGUGGAUGCACGGGGGGACAACAAGCAGCUGCCACGUGUCAUCAAACGACUGGAGGAGGCGAUUGGGGGCAAGGACGUGCCUGUGGAGGGGCUUCAGGCUUGCCUCGAGUUUCUACUAUUCCCUCUCAUGCUCGUGGUGUCUGCCCUUCCCGAGCCGCCGGCUUCAGCGGCAACAGGGGAGGGGAGAGCCAGCAGCGCAGAGGAUCAGCGUGUGGCUGGUAUCGCGCCACGUGGCAGACAGCGAGUGGUGGAGGCGGCGCUCAGCUGCAUGCACGUGGCGCUGGUCCGCUGCCCCGUGCAAUCGCUCGACCAGGCUGCAUCCCUCCUCCGCUUCCUCGCCUCUGCUACCAGCCCAAGCGCCCCUACUCUCCCACCACCACCAGCAUCAUCAGCAGCAGCAGCACUACCCUCACCAGCAUCACAACCACCAUCAGCAUCCGCAUCCCUUGGGGCCAUGUCCGGUGUUGCUCAGUCAGAGGAGGCUCGGCUGCUGGCGGUGUGCUGCCUCUCUGCUCUCCUCUCCCACCUCCCGCGCUGCUCGCCUUCCUCCUGCUGCUGUGCUGCUGCCACUGCCUCUGCCGCUGACGGCAGCAGUGCAAGGAGCAGCGAGGGCAGCAGCAUUAGCAGCAGCAGCAGCAGCGGCGGCGGCGGCGCAGGCAGCGGAAGUGGCGAUGGCAGCAAGUGUGUGGCUGGUGUGUUGCAGUCCCAAGAGGCAGCACCACUGCUGGGCCAUUUGCUCUCUAACAUGCUCUCGGCAGCGGAAGCAGAGGCGAGGGUGGGAACGAGAGGCAGCCGGGAGCUUAGAGUGGAAGCACUGCGAGCCGUCCGCCACCUUGUCUCUGUGGCGCACACACCUGACUCUCUCGCCUUCUUCCUCCCCGGCAUUCUCAGUGGUCUCUCCCGUGCCGCCCUCUCCCCUUUCUCCCCGCGUUCCAAUGAGCCGUUGACACGUGGCGCCGCAGCAGACCCCUCAGCAGUGGCAGAGGCCCUGCUUGGGCUGUCGCAGGCACUAGUGCUGGUGCUGGGGGAUGCUUAUAAGGGGGAUGUUUUCCAGGAGGAUGAAGGGGUGAAAAUUGGGAGGGUGGAGGGGUUGGGGAGAAAUGAGGGGGAAGCAGGAGGGGGGAGAGGGGAGACAGAGGAGGAGAGGGCUUUAAACCUGCUGCAGCAGAUGGUGGAUCGGAUGGAGGGAAGGGGAGCGGAUGGAGCAGACGGAGGGGGCGGAGGGGACGGAGGGGUCGGAGGGGGCGGAGCGGACGGGGGAGAGUUGCAGGACAAAGGGGCGAGUGGCAUGGAAGCGACGAGGGAAGGCUGUGGCAUGGAAGAGAUGAGGGAAAUGGUUGUGAGGAGGAGAGCAGAUAGCGAGAGUGGUUCCGCGCAUGUGGCGGGGAGGGGAGGCGAGAGGAAUGGAAGCAUGAUGCUGCGAGUGGACAUGGAUGAGGAGUGGAUGCGGGAGACAGGGGCGAAGGUGCUCCUGCUGCUGCAGAAAGUUCUCCCCAAGCUGCUGCCAUUUCCCUCGCCCAAGGUCCGCUGUGCGCUCACUGAAGUGGUGGGCACGCUGCUGCAGCGCUGCUCCGGCUCCCUCUCCGCCUCUCGCCCUCUACUGCUAGAGUGCCUCCUCAUUUUAGCCUCGGACGAGUGGCCCUCUGUCGCAUUCUCUGCUCGCCAUUUCCUCGCCUCCGUCUCAAUUACUGACGCCACUCGUGGAUCAACUGCAGCAGCAGCAGCCGUAUUAGCAGUGGCAGCACCACCACCAUCAGCAGCAGCUUCUCACUCUUACGUGGCAGCAUGGCGCAUUGAGGUCACAAAUGCUGCUCUGGAAGAGAUGGUGGAGAGGCACAUGGCAUCCCUCGCCACUCCUACCCCGCCAACCCCGCUCUACACAACCUGCUCCACGCACCUUCACUCUUCCCUUCUUCCAUCCUCAUCUCCCACGCUCUCACUCUCUGCCCCAUCUUCCUCCCCCUCGCCUCAACUCCACUCCGCGACUGCCUCACUCCGCGUCCUCUCAGCCGGCCUCAUCACUGCAGGACCGCUGUUCACUGUGCAGCGCAUCCUUGACCUUAUCUUCUCCGACCGCCUCACAUCAGCUGUCUCUCACCUCCUGGCCUUCGCUCCAGGCAGGCCCCACACCCUCGAGUACUCUCCCGCUCCUGCUGUGGCCCAUCCAGCUUUGGCCGUCUCGUCUGCUGAAUCAGGUGUCUCGUCAGGGAUUUCUUCAGGUGUUUCGUCUGGUUCAGGUGUUGCAGCAAAGCCAGGUGUUCCAGCUGUCAAGGGGUUGAAGGAAGGGGAGCAUUGGCGGUGGUGGUUGUGGGAGAUCGUGGAUCAUCGCCAUCAGGAGGAGCAUCACUUGUCACCGCAUCGGCCCAUGUUACCUGAGAAAGUCAUAUCAGUUCUGGAAGGUGCCUUACCUGCUGCUGGCGACGCCUCCCCUCAUCUCCUCUGGUUCUGCCGCUUCCUACGUGUUCUUGCGCGCCUUGCUGCCACUGCGGAUGCUACUAAUGCUGGUCCUGGCAGUGGGGGCGUUGUGAGAGCGUGGCAGCAGCAGCCAAUAGGGGCGCUUCCCGCCCUUUUCCAGCCACUCCUGGAGGGACUGAGGGAAGCUGUGGGGAGGAUAGGGGAGGAGAGGAGGAGGGAGAGGCGGGAGAAGAGGCAGGGCCGGGCUAAGAACAAGGAAAGAAUGGAUGGCGAGGGGAAAGGGGGAGGGGGGGAGAAAGGGAAGAGGGAAAAGAAGAGCAAGGGACGUGGGAAGGACGAGGGGGGUCAAAAGAAGUCGCGGGGGAGGAGAAAGGAGGGGAGGAGGGAGGGGGACAAGCAGGGGGCUGAAAGGAGGGAGGAAAAUGGGAAGGACGAGGGUGAGCAGGAACUUUCCGGGCAGGUUUCUGCUGCUCGGGCAGCUUCUUCUUUUCUUUUUGCUCUGAACGAAGCUCUUGCUGGGAUCUGUGGCGGGCCGUGGGUUAGCCCUCGUGGGGAAGAAGAGGUGGAGACGGGAGCUGCGAGGGGACAGAAGAAAGAAGAGGAGGAGGAGGAGGAGAGAGCAGCCCAGCGGGAGGACAGGUGGCAUGCGGUGGUUGGACCAGUGGUGCAGUCAGUGCUGGGGGAGCUACUGAGUGAGGACCUGUGGGGCCUUCCAGUGGAUGUGAUGCGUGGGGGAGAGCGAGGGGUGCAGAGCGGUGGUCUGGGGGAGUGGAUGGGUGAGGAGGAGCGGAGGAGGAUGAUGCGCACACUCAAUGAGAAUGCUAACCUGCAAGCAGUUCUCCUCCUCACCCUCUCAACCGCACUCUCUGCUCUCGGUCCAUCAGCAGCCACUGACACCGGUGCCCUGCGGCGUGCCUUCCCCCGUCUCCUGCACUCGCUCUCCUCUCCCCACGCUCGUGUCUCCGCUGCUGCUGCUCAUGCUCUCUCGUCCAUCACCCAAUCCUUUGGAUACCCCUCACCUAGCGCAUUUGUUGCAGCCAACAUGGACUACGCCGUCGCCACGGUGUGCGAUGGGCUCAGAAGCCUGCACUGCCACCCCUCUGCCCCGCGCCUGCUGCUCGCGCUCCUGCACCUGCUGCCUGUGGUCCCUGUGGGGGAUGGGCGAGACAGUCCCGUGCACCUAGCUGACAGUAGCAAAGGCCCAGUGCUAUCCGCGACAGGGCCUGGAGGGGCUACUCCUGCAGCAGCAUCAGCAUUCGCAUCAGCACCCGCAUCAGCAGUGUGGUCAACAGCUCCAGGGGCUUCGGUGGUGCCAUCUGCCUUGGAGCGCAUGCUGCCGCUCAUCAUUCACCCGAUUCGCUCUGCCCUGGCGUCUCUCCAGAUCACUGCUCGUUUGCAGCACGCCUCCCAUUUAGUCACACUCGUCCAGGUGCUCCGCGUGCUGAUGUCAGCGUGCGCUGUUGCCACAUCAGCAAAGCGCUCUGAUGCCGAAGCUGCAGCCUCGGCAGCAAUAGCCAUGCUCCGGAGGGAGGAGCGGGCCCGAGCCAAGCAGCUUCGGAAGCUGCGACGAGCCAGAGAGAGCAGCACUGUUGGGCCCAACCCUGAGAGGGAUCGUGAUGGGCCCAACAGUCAGAGCUCUCGUGGUAGGCAUGAUUCAGACAGUGGUGGUCUCAAAUCGACUCCUGACGGCAACGGAGCCAGGCUUGCAGCUGAAGGGAGCAACACCAGCAGCAGCUGUUGUGGUGUCAGCAGUGAGAGUGGUGGCUCCAGUGCCAGUGACUCGAAGACUCGAGCUGACCCAGCGGCAGUGCGUGCGUUCUUCACCCGGCGCAUGAGGGCAGCUGCUGCUUCUGUGCAUGGCGAUGCGGGGCUGAGGGGGGGAGGGAGGGCGGAGGAGGGGGAGGAAGAGGAGAAUCAGUUGGGGAAGGAGGAGAGAGGGGUGGGGAAGGAGGAGAGAGGGGAAGAGGGGAAUUCGAGUGAUGAGGAGUGGGAGAACCUAGGGUCGGAUACAGAGUCAGAGGGCUAUGAGAAGGAUGAAAACGAAGGGGAAACGGCAAGGGAGAGUACCCUUGGGGUAAAAUCAGAAGGAAGAAGCAAUCACAGGGGAAAGGAGGAGGAGAGAGAUGAGUGGAGUGUGCGCGACGCAUUGACCCGGCUCUCAGAUCGCACAAGAGGUGUUGCCAUGCAAGCACAGCUGGCAGCAGCUUGCCUGGAGGCCUGCGGACCGCUGAUGGCCAGCCGGGACGCUGAGUUGGCGCUGCUUGCUUCUGACGUGGUGCAGGCGUCGGUGGCUGCCAUGUCAACAGCUGAUGUGGCGCAGCGGGCGAGGGCCAAUGAGCUUGAAGCAGUGAGGGAGGUGGUUCGGUUGAGAGUCAAAAGAGCCAAGACUCACCUUACUGCGCUGCAGGACUUAGGCUCUGGCACAGGGUCGGGACUAGGCUUGGCAGCAGGCUUGAGUGGAGGUCCGGGCAGCGGGUUGUUGGAAUGGGUGGAGAAUGACGUGACUGGGAUACGUGCUGACCUGGCGUCACUUCAGGAUGACGUGGCAGCCAUGCAUGAAACUGAGGACGCACUCAAGGUGGCAGAUGCUGUGAGAGAUGAGACCAAUUGGCUGCUGCCACGUGUGCACAUGAUCUGGCCGCAUGCUGUCUCGGGGCUAAAGAGAGAUCACCCUGCUCUCAUCACCUCAUCCAUCCACGUCAUCACGGCCCUCUGCACCACGUGUGAUGAUGCCUUCAUGGCCAGAAAGAUCCGGGAAGAUUCAUGGCCUCUCAUGGCGUCCCUUCUCCUCCACGGCCCCUCUCCUCCCCUGCAUUCCUCCUCCUCUUCCUUCUCUUCUUCCUCCUCCUCUGUCUCCUCCCCCUUCCUCUCCUCCAUCUCCUCUCGUUCCCUCACCAAACCAAGCCGUGUAGACCUCACAAGGCUACUCACCCUCAGGCCCGUACCAGGCUCUGGUUCGGCAGCACCGCCGAGCCUCAUUGCCGAGCCUGCAGCAUCCAGCGGCUUGCCAGGUCUACUCUUAUCAGCGCCCACAUCAGCACAUGCACCAUCCACGUCAGCAACAGCAAGGACAGCCACCACUCCUACCAGCUCCCUAGUCUCCCCAGCUGCCCGAGCUGCUUUCUCCUGCCUCUUCCCUACCACGUCUGGUUCGGCAGCCGAACCUAAUCGCACGAGGCGCCUCCGAACCAUGUCGCGUUCGGAGCUCCUCCUUACCUCCAACUCUUCUGCCCAAGCCCACACACAGUACCUCUCACCCUCGCUUCCACACCCCCCCUCACCCUCCUCACACCCAUUCCCACACUCACUCUCACACUCUCCCGCAUCCGCUCCAUCGCCAUCCCCGGCUCUUUCCCGGUCCACGUCAGCAUUCACUAGCACCCGCAACUAUGCCACGUCAGCAUCCUCCGUUGCAGCACCUUCUGCGGCAGAGCGAGUGCGGGCGGCAGUGCUGACGUGGAUUGUACAGGUGGCGCAAUCUGACAGGUCGAGGGAGGGCGGCGGAGUUGCACUGAGAUCAGUGGCAUGUGACGUGAUGGUGGUGCUGAUGGCAGUGCUGGCAGAAGGGGGGAGUGAUGGGGAAGAGAUAGAUGCUAUCUUUUGCAGUGGCAGCAUCAGCAGCAGCACCAGCAGCACCAGUAACAGAAGUGACAUCAGCAGCAGCAGCAGCAGCAGCAGCAGCAGUAGUAGGGAAUUGAGGCCAUCCUUGGUGAAAAAGGCAGCUGAGGCAGCCAUGUUGCUCGGAUGUGCACACAAGGAAGGUGUCUCCACAUUCCUAUCGCAGAUCGUCCAAUCCGUUGCGUCCACAUCGUCGCCGCAGCUGAGUGUGGCAGCGCAGAGUUCAGACCUCGUGGUUGCGGAUGAUGGUGAAUCAACAGGUGGAUCCGCUACAAUCGAGGGUUCACAACAACAGCUUAUGGAAUCAGCGCAAGAAGCUUCGCCACAGGGCAAGAUUAUAUCGAAAAGAAAGAGCCACCUAGGAUUGUGUUUGGAGCUGCUGAAGCGGCUGCAAGAAGGAAACUUGAGUGCAUAGAAUAUUUCGUUCCAAGAUCAAGUGAGGGUUUUGUGCAACAUAACCCCAGUAAUAUGUAGUGUUCUUCUGAGCAAUGUAUUAGGAUUUGGUGUGGGU